ACAAGUUACUUUGGUGGCUAAUAUUAGAUUCUGUUUACUUCUUACAUCAUAAUAUCAUAUCAUAAACCUUGAAAAACUUUGAGUAUAGAGGAAGAAGCUCAAACAUAGCUUGAAGAAAAACUGAUUCAAACUAUUUUUCAUUUGCUCUCAUAGCUUGAAGAAAUGGCAACCUCUAUGAUGUCAACUGUCCCUCAAUUCACUGGUCUUAGACCACAAUUGAAACCUUCUCCUGUGCAGGGUUUGGUUGCUUCCCAAUCUAUGACAAAGCGCAAGGGAAAGAGUGCUUUGGGAGUUCGUUGUGACUUCAUUGGUUCAUCCACUAAUGUGAUUAUGGUGGCAUCUACAACUCUAAUGCUGUUUGCUGGAAGAUUUGGAUUGGCUCCGUCAGCAAACAGGAAAGCAACUGCUGGACUAAAGCUGGAGGCUAGGGACUCAGGCUUGCAGACCGGCGACCCAGCUGGUUUCACCCUUGCUGAUACUUUGGCAUGUGGAACUGUUGGACACAUCAUUGGUGUUGGUGUUGUUCUUGGUCUUAAGAACAUUGGUGCAUUGUAAAAAGGAAAUUGUGUUGUUGUGAACUUGUGUUGCAUAUGUAAUCAGUUUUAAUGUCAUUUUAUGUUUUUUA